UUUCCUUCCUUUUUUUGGUCGAAGUAGUUCUGUCUUCUUGUUUGUACAGAGACGCCAAAGUUCCAUUUAUUAAUUUUUGUGUGCUCUCUCUCCGCCUUUCUGCAAUGGGGAGGAUUCUAGUUUUCACGGCAAAGCUAAAGCAAGCAUCGCUUCUAUGGCUUGAAGGAUUUUUAGAAGCUUGCUGCCUUCAUCGCGCCUUCAUCCUCUGUCGCAGGUCGAAGAAGCUACUGAUUCGAACUGGGCAGUGUUUUCUGUUGAAUGGAUUCAUAUUUUUGGGAAGUCUAUUUAUGCUGAACUCAGUACUCAUCCCAGCAUUACAAUGGAUUUUGCCUGAUAAGUGCUCAGAGAUUAGCUCCCAUGAACCAUGCUUGCACGGUGGCAUUCUGAGAUACUACUCGUUCUUACGCCGUGGCCUCGUGCAACUCUUUUACAUCUUUUGGGUCUGCCCAGUGUACCUGUUCAGUAUUAUCCUGAGCACUCUCUGGUACAAUGACAUUGCUAAACAUGGUUUCGCUGCAAUGGGAAACAAUGGGCUCAACCUAUCAAAACCCUCACGCUCGGAUGAGAUAGCUGCAGAGCCCAAAAAAGCUCCAAUGGAGAAGCCUCCUGGUCUCGAGGGGAUUUUCGUGGGAAUAGGGGAGCAGGUGUACUCACUAAUGCUGUUAACAUUCUUCUUGCUGCAGGUUCAUGCUGUAGGAAUCGUGCCCUUUGUUGGGAAGGCAUUGAGUUUUGUAAUGAUGUCCUGGAUGUAUGCCUACUACUGUUUCGAGUACAAAUGGAACUUUUCUGAAGUGCCACUGGACAGGAGACUGGACUUCUUCGAAACGAACUGGGCCUUUUUUGCUGGUUUUGGCAGCCCUAGUGUUCUGGCUAUCUUUUUUGUGUCAACUUUUGUGAGCUACGGCUUGAUGGGCGCUCUAUAUCCCCUGUUUGUUCUAACUGCGACUAGCUCGAGCGCUGACCAUCUCAUUUUCUCUGAGAGGAAAAAAUGGAAGGGGAUAGGACUCCGGAGGCUGCCCAUAUUUUGUGCAGCGGAUACAUUAUCGCUUCGAAGCUUGUCCAUCCUCCCUUGGAUUCUCGACAUGAUCACCCGGAUAAUAAGUCGAGCUAAAACCUGGUUAGCUUCUUUGCGCAACAAGCUGCAAGCAAAGCGCAACACCUAGAAGUGGAUUAAGUUGUAUGUAUGUAUAUAGCCUCCAUACACAGUUUUUCAUGAUCUGGAGGGAGCCGAAUCCUGGAACCCUCAUCAGAUGGACGACGGCUGCAGCAUUUUAUGGAUCAAUGUACAAAGUUAGAGAAGUAAUGUGUUGUACAAACGGCUGCAGCGCACUGCUCUCUGAACCUUUGAGAGUUCUUUUAUGUACAGAAAAUAUACUGGAUUCGAGAGUAAUGUAGCUUUAUGCUUAGUUUGUACUAAUUUAGCUUUAUGCUUAGUUUGUGUUCGGGCCAUUGGUCCAAAGAGCCCAUAUCCACAGUUCCAAUUCAG